AUGAAUUUACUGUGCAUUGUUGUACUCAUCACAACUUUAGCAACAUUAUGCUCAUCAGAAAGCGACCCUUACUCAAAAGAACCCUAUCGCCCUCUCGGUCCUUUAGUUAAAUGUAGCUUUCUUCCCCUCGACUUUCUGGACUGUGACGAACCAGUUGAUCAUAAAGGAAAUGAGACAGCUAAAAAAGCUGUUAAACACGGCUGUGUCAAAUUCGGAGGCGUAACUUACGAAGAAGUGGAAAAAACGAAAGUCCAGUGUAAAGCAUUAGAUGGUAUCGAAUGUCACGGUAGCCGAACGUUUCUUAGAGACGGAUUUCCGUGCGUACGAUAUUCAGGACAUUAUUUUACGACCACAUUGAUAUACAGUAUUUUACUCGGUUUCCUGGGUAUGGAUCGGUUUUGUUUGGGCCAAACAGGAACCGCUGUUGGGAAACUGCUGACAUUAGGAGGUUUAGGGAUCUGGUGGAUUGUAGACGUCGUGUUACUUAUCACUAAUAACUUACACCCUGAAGAUGGCAGCAAUUGGAAUCCAUAUGUUUAA